GUGUGUUUGUGUGUGUGAGCAGGAGUUUGCGGUGUUGACCAAAGAGCUGAAUGUAUGUCGGGAGCAGCUGCUGGAGAGAGAAGAGGAGAUUGCUGAGCUCAAGGCGGAGAGGAACAAUACACGGCUGCUGCUGGAGCACCUGGAGUGUCUGGUGUCUCGUCAUGAGCGCUCUCUGAGGAUGACUGUGGUGAAGAGGCAGGCUCAGUCUCCUGCUGGAGUCUCCAGCGAGGUGGAGGUGCUCAAGGCCCUCAAGUCCCUAUUCGAACACCAUAAAGCCCUGGACGAAAAGGUGCGUGAGAGAUUGCGUGUGGCUUUAGAGAGAGUUUCUGUUCUAGAAGAAGAGCUGGAAGCGUCCACAAAUGAGGUUCUGUCUUUACGGGAUCAGAUUAAAAGGAGAGAGCGGGGUUUGGACAAUGGAAAGGAGCGUCUCCCGAAUGGCCCCUCCUCCAUCUUGGAUGAUGGCGAGAUUGACAGACAGAGAGAGGGAGAGAUCGAGAGACAGAGAGGAGAGCUUUCACAGUUAAAAGAAAGACUGGCACUCAUGUGCAGACAGGUUGGAGAGAUCGAGGAGCAGCUGACUACCGCCAGGAGGGAAUUAGCUAAAUCUGAGGAAGCCAAUCAGAAGCUUCAGAGGGACGUGAAAGAGGCGCUGUGUCAAAGAGAGGACAUGGAGGAAAGAAUCACCACCUUGGAACGCAGGUACCUCAGCGCCCAGAGGGAGGCAACCUCUCUCCAUGACAUCAAAGACAAGCUGGAGAACGAGCUUGCCAGCAAAGAGUCUUUAUACAGACAGAGUGAAGAGAAGAACAGGCAGCUUCAGGAGCGUCUAGACGAUGCUAAACAGAAGCUGCAGCAAACCCUCCAGAGGGCCGAGACGCUGCCCGAGAUCGAGGCUCAGCUCGCCCAGAGGGUGGCGGCACUCAACAAGGCGGAGGAGCGUCAUGGUAACUUUGAGGAGAGACUGAGACAGUUGGAGGCACAACUUGAAGAGAAAAAUCAGGAGCUACAGAGGGCCAGGCAGAGGGAGCGGAUGAAUGACGAACACAACAAGCGUCUCUCUGACACGGUGGACAAGCUUCUGUCAGAGUCCAACGAGAGACUGCAGCUGCACCUGAAGGAGAGAAUGGCUGCCCUGGAGGAGAAGGUGUGGUCCCCCACUAUUUCAGAUUUGAUUUCCCUGACAACGUUGCAUGCACAUCCAGAAAACAGAAAAAUAGCCUUGACCUGUCACCACGUCUUUGAUGUUUACCUCAAAACUCCAGAUGUUGCCUCAAUUAUGUUCGCGUCUAAUAGGAGUUCCAGGCUUCCCCUUAUGUGUCCCCCCUCAUUAUUUCAGCACAAAAGCAGGUGUUUCACGCUCACUGCGUUUCUCAUCAGAGAAUCCGCGAAUAAAUGGCUGAAACAUAAUUUGCGCUUAAUGUCAGAAACAGAAGACGUGUUCCUGAAAACAGAAGACAUUAGACUGGAGCGGUCGAGGAAUGUGCCGAACCACAUAUUUUCUAAAUCUACUAGUUGUAGGAUGCCUGAACAACCACUGUAGUUAACUAAUCAGUUUCGAGGAAGUAUAAUUAGGCUGUUUCUGGUUCCUCUGAGCGCAGCUGAAUGUGUUUGUAAGAGGCCAUUCACAAAAGGC